AUGUUUGAACCUCUGCUUAACUUCUUGAGACGACAAUAUCGUAUCCCUGCUCGUGAUCCGACAAACAUCGAGUUCACCGGCCGAUCGGAAAUGCCAAAAUACCUUCAUUCCUUCGUCCACCGCAUACUGAGACCAUCGAAACCUGAGGUCCUCGUCGGUGUUCCGGACAACGAAAAGAGUCAGCUUCGCGUCACUAGAAAAUCCACCUCUUCCCAGUCCAGCUUUGCAGAACAACCCCGAACAAAGCCCCCAGCCAACCCUACGAGCUGUGCCCCCGCGGAGCCUACUCACCGUCACAGCCUGCGCGUCAUUAGACAGACAAAACGAGGAAUCGCCCUCCGGGACGACAAGCGAUCAAGAAAAGCCACCCUUCGUCCAGCCGUCUCCAGCUGUUCGGAAGCGGAUUGGAUCGAGUGGACAACAAGCGAGUCCGGCGAGUGGCUCAUCAAUACCAGCACCAGAUCUCCCAUCACCCGAAAGUACGGCCAGGUAUGCGAUAUCAUCGCCUUCACUUCCCAGUCUGUAUUGGCCGUUCUGCACUUUACCCAAGCUGCACCCCACAUCGAUGCCUACUAUGCCUUGAAGGUGUUCCGUCGCGGGCCACCACAAGGUAACGACCACUACGAAAACCGCUUACAAUCAGAGUUCCGCAUCGCUUCUUCCCUACACCACCAGAACAUCAUCCGGACGUUUGAGCUUGUCCCGAUCGGUACCGACACUCUCGGGGCGUGCAUGGAGUACUGCCCAGGCGGGGACUUACAUACCCUUAUUAUCACUUCCGGUCUGCUGCAACAACCGGAGGCGGACUGUUUCUUCAAACAGCUCAUACGUGGAACCAGCUAUCUCCACGACAUGGGCAUCGCGCACCGAGACCUCAAGCCCGAGAACCUCCUCCUCACCGCGAGGGGCUGCCUGAAAAUCUCAGACUUCGGCAAUGCUGAAUGCUUUAGACUUCCUGGCGAAGAGGCGAUCGACAUGUCAAGUGGCCUCUGUGGAUCGACCCCGUAUAUCUCGCCCGAACAGUUCACCGAAGCAGAAUUCGACCCGAGGGGUACGGAUAUCUGGGCUGCGGCGGUAAUCUACAUGGCGAUGAGGCUGGGGAGGAAUAUGUGGAGGGUCGCGACCCCACUGGACGAGGGUUUUGCGGAGUAUAUGGAGCAGCGAAAAUUCCAAGGCAGGGUUUCCUUUAUUGAGGAUAUGUGCUCGCUUGAGAGUCGGAAAGUGAUCUACUCCAUGUUAAGUGUCACCCCUGAAGGGCGGCCUGCAGCGGCCGAAGUUCUGUCAUCUCGAUGGCUGCAGGAUGUCGAAUGUUGUAAUGCUGUCAGUCCCAGUAUUUCCUGA